GGCCUGUUCACCCAAGUACCGGCACAAGCCUCUUCGCAGACCUGCAAGGGCGGUGACGAUGCUUUCGGGCACCGAGGCGGCGGCAGCGGAAUGCGAGGACGCGGAGCUGCGGUGCCGCGUGGCUGUGGAGGAGCUGAGCCCGGGCGGACAGCCGCGAAGGCGCCAGGCCCUGCGCACGGCGGAGCUGAGCUUAGGUCGUAACGAGCGCCGCGAGUUGAUGCUGCGGCUGCAGGCGCCAGGGCCCUCGUGGCGGCCGCGCUGCUUCCCCCUGCGCGCCGCGCGCCUCUUCACGCGCUUCGCGGCCGCCGGGCGCAGCACGCUACGGCUCCCCGCCCUCGGCGCUCCCGGGUCCGGCGCGGUGCAGCUGCUGCUCUCCGACUGCCCCCCGGACCGCCUGCGCCGCUUCCUGCGCACGCUGCGCCUCAAGCUGGCCGCCGCCCCGGGACCCGGACCGGCCUCAGCCCGCGCGCAGCUGCUCAGCCCGCGGCCCCGCGACUUCGUCACCAUCAGCCCCGUGCAGCCCGAGGAGCUGCGGCAUGCGGCGGCCACCCGGGUUCCGGACACCACGCCGAUGAAGAAGUCCGCAGAGCCCCGGACGAGGGCCGAGCCCAGCAAGGAAGCCCCAAAGUGGCCCCUACCUGUGAAGAGGCUGAGCUUGCCCCCAACCAAGCCACAGCUUUCUGAAGAACAGGCUGCUGUGCUGCAGGUCGUCCUGAAAGGCCAGAGCAUUUUCUUCACUGGGAGUGCAGGGACAGGGAAAUCAUACCUACUGAAGCGUAUCCUGGGCUCACUGCCCCCCACGGGCACUGUGGCCACUGCCAGCACUGGGGUGGCAGCCUGCCAUAUUGGGGGCACCACCCUCCAUGCCUUUGCGGGCAUAGGUUCAGGCCAGGCUCCCCUGGCCCAGUGUGUGGCCCUAGCCCAGCAGCCAGGCGUGCGGCAGGGCUGGCUGAGCUGCCAGCGGCUGGUCAUUGACGAAAUCUCCAUGGUGGAGGCAGACCUGUUUGACAAGCUAGAGGCUGUGGCCAGAGCUGUCCGGCAGCAGAACAAGCCAUUUGGCGGGAUCCAGCUCAUCAUCUGUGGGGACUUCCUGCAGCUGCCACCCGUGACCAAGGGCUCCCAGCGCCCGCAGUUCUGCUUCCAGGCCAAGAGCUGGAGGAGGUGUGUGCCAGUGACGCUGGAGCUGACCGAGGUGUGGAGGCAGGCAGACCAGACCUUCAUCUCUCUGCUGCAAGCUGUGAGGCUGGGCAGGUGCUCAGAUGACGUGACCCGCCAGCUCCGGGCCACAGCUGCUCACAAGGUGGGACGAGACGGGAUUGUGGCCACAAGACUCUGCACUCACCAGGAUGACGUGGCCCUGACCAACGAGAUGCAGCUGCAGGAGCUGCCAGGUGAAGUACAUAGCUUUGAGGCUGUAGACAGCCACCCUGAGCUAUCCCGGACCCUGGAUGCCCAGUGUCCUGCUAGCCAGCUCCUUCAGUUAAAGCUGGGGGCUCAGGUGAUGCUGGUGAAGAACUUAGCAGUGUCUCGGGGCCUGGUGAAUGGUGCCCGAGGGGUGGUGGUUGGGUUCGAGGCGGAAGGGAGAGGGCUGCCCCAGGUGCGGUUCCUGUGUGGAGUCACUGAGGUCAUCCGCGUUGACCGCUGGACAGUGCAGGCCACAGGGGGCCAGUUCCUCAGCCGGCAGCAGCUGCCCCUCCAGCUGGCCUGGGCAAUAUCCAUCCACAAGAGCCAGGGCAUGUCCCUGGAUUGUGUGGAGAUUUCCCUGGGCCGUGUGUUUGCCAGUGGCCAGGCUUAUGUGGCCCUUUCUCGGGCCCGCAGCCUGCAGGGCUUACGUGUGCUGGACUUUGACCCCAUGGUGGUUCGCUGUGACCCCCGUGUGCUGCACUUCUAUGCCACCCUGCGACAGGGCAGGGGCCUCAGCCUGGAGUCCCCAAAUGAUGAUGAAGCAGCCUCAGACCAGGAGAACAUGGACCCAAACCUCUGA